CCGUUAGGCCAGCGGCUGACGGGGUCAGCGUCCAACGGCCGCUCGGGCAGCGGAGUCCAACCGGCCUGAUGUCACACCGCAAAUUCUCAGCUCCCCGGCACGGCCACCUGGGCUUCCUGCCCCAUAAGAGAAGCCGCCGGCACCGGGGCCGGGUGAAGUCGUGGCCCAAGGAUGACCCCAAGAAGCCCGUGCACCUCACGGCCUUCCUGGGCUACAAGGCCGGCAUGACCCACACGCUGCGGGAGGUCCACAGACCCGGCCUCAAGGUGUCCAAGAGGGAGGAGGUGGAAGCGGUGACCAUAGUGGAGACGCCCCCCAUGGUGGUGGUCGGGGUGGUGGGCUACGUGGACACCCCCCGAGGCCUGCGCAACUUCAAGACCAUCUUUGCCGAGCACCUGAGUGACGAGUGCAGGCGUCGCUUCUACAAGAACUGGCACAAGAGCAAGAAGAAAGCCUUCACCAAGUACUGCAAGAAGUGGCAAGAUGCCGACGGGAAGAAGCGGCUGGAGAAGGACUUCGCCUCGAUGAAGAAAUACUGCAAAAUCAUCCGCGUCAUCGUCCACACCCAGAUGAAACUGCUGGCCUUCAGGCAGAAGAAGGCCGACGUGAUGGAGGUCCAGCUGAACGGCGGGUCAGUGUCGGACAAAGUGGACUGGGCGCGCGGGCACCUGGAGAAGGCCGUGCCCGUGCAGGCAGUUUUCAGCCAGAACGAGAUGGUCGAUGUCAUCGCCGUCACCAAGGGCCGGGGCAUGAAAGGGGUCACCAGCCGCUGGCAUGCCAAGAAGCUCCCUCGGAAAACCCACAAGGGCCUGCGCAAGGUGGCCUGCAUCGGGGCCUGGCACCCUGCCCGUGUGGGCUACUCCAUCGCCCGCGCCGGGCAGAAGGGCUACCACCACCGCACCGAGAUCAACAAGAAGAUUUACCGCCUGGGUCGUGGGAUCCAUGUGGAAGAUGGCCAGGUGGUGAGAAACAACGCCUCCACCAACUACGACAUCACCAACAAGUCCAUCACUCCCCUGGGCGGAUUUCCUCACUACGGAGAAGUCAACAACGACUUCGUGAUGCUCAAGGGCUGCAUCGCGGGCACCAAGAAGCGCGUCAUCACGCUCCGGAAGUCCCUCCUGGUCCACCGCAGCCGGAGGAGCCUGGAAGACAUCGAGCUGAAAUUGAUCGACACCACCUCUAAGUUCGGCCAUGGAUGCUUCCAGACGGCCCAGGAGAAGCGGGCCUUCAUGGGUCCCCAGAAGAAGCAUCUUGAGAAGGAGAAGGCGGAGACCCCCGGGGAGCCCUAGAGCUGGAGCUGGGAAAGGGGUCAAGCCCCCAGUAAAAGAAAGUUCUUUUCUUUAUCAACCCUGAGCCAGGGCUGGGGGCAAUGGGGGAGGUCCUGUCCGAGGCCUGGUC